UACAACCACCUUCCAAAAUGACCACCACCUCCUCCUCCUCCUCCUCCUCCUCUCACCACCAUUACAACCUUCUUCUCUUCUUCUUCUUCAUCAUCUCCACCACCACAACCACCACCACUACUUCACCAACAACCUUCAUCUACGCCGGCUGCUCCCAAUCCAAAUACUCUCCAAACUCUCCAUAUGAACAAAACCUCAACUCCCUCCUCUCCACUCUCUCACUCUCCUCCACCCUCACUCUCUUCUCCAACUCCUCCUCCACCACCUUCUCCUCCUCUUCUCCGGCUUUCGCUCUUUUCCAAUGUCUCCCUUCUCUCCCUCUCCCUUCAUGCUCAUCCUGCAUCCACACCUCUCUUUCCAAACUCUCCUCUCUCUGCUCCUCCGCCACCUCCGCCACCAUCCUCCUCCACUCCUGCCUUCUCCGCUACUCCAACUCCUCCUUCUUCGGCCACUCCGACACUACUCUCCUCCUCAAAACCUGCGGCUCUUCUCUCCCUUCCCCUCCUUUCUCUUUCGACAUCACCACCAUGCUUGAUACUACUCUUUCUCAACUCCAAACUUCCUCUUCUUCUUCUUCUUAUAAUGUUGCAGGAGCUGGUUAUUUUCAGGCAGAGUCACAGUGUGAUGGAGAUUUAUCUCCAAAGUCUUGUGCUGAGUGUGUCAACCUCGCCGUCCGGCAGCUGAGGAAUGCCUGCGGUGGUGCUGUCGCCGGAGAUGUUUAUCUUGGGAGGUGCUUUGCUAGGUUUUGGUCCAUUAAUGAUUUUUACUCUCAUAAACCCUCAUCAUCAUCAUCCUCAUCAUCCUCAUCCUCUGGAAAUGAAGGCGAAAAAACAUUUGCUAUCCUCAUUGGACUUAUGGCUGGAAUUGCUCUACUUAUUGUCUUCCUUACCUUCAUUAGAAGGGCUGCUACUGAUGGUAAAUAAUGGACUUACGGAGGGCUUCAUAUUGAGAAGAAAUGAGUGCUAUAAAAAUAAGAAAAUAUUCCAUAAACUAAGGUUGAUAUAAUGUAGAAAUAAGUAUUAUUUGUUGUAUUUUGUAUUUUGUUUUAUUAUAAAAAAAAAACUUUGUUGUUGGUGGUGUGGUUCUAUUUAUAGUGUGUGCAAUUGGCUCAAUGUAUACAUUUUAUUUCUUUGAGUUUAA